GAUAAAUCAUGCAUUUUGACUAAUAAUAAAAGUAAAAAGAUUAUAGAUAUUAAAAAAAUUUUUUUAUUGGGAUAUUUGUUUAUCAAACAAUUUCAUAUGUAGUGUUUUUCUAAAAUAGUUUAUUUUUUUAAAUAAAUUUAUUUUAAAGAAGAAUAUUUAAAAGAUUAAAAAAAAAGCAAAAAUAAAAUAAAACAAAUAUAUUGGAAAGAAAAAAAUUUCGAUUGAUAUCAAUCGAUGAUAAAAUUUCAUAUAAAAGGAAAUGAUAAAUUCAAUCACGAAAGAUCGGAAACAUCGGGAAAAGUCGGAAAAAAGAGAAUGAGAAAUGCCGAAGACGUAGAUCAAGAGGACGCAGGCGCGUAUGCGAUCAAUAAAUAGGCUAACUCAGUUGGAGAACAGGAGAUCAGUAGCGUACGAACACGCAAGCAGUGAGGGUGGUAGCGUGUAUAAUAUUGCGUCGGGUGAGGCGUACGAAAACAACAGAGCACCCCUCCCCGGCGGACGGUGUAAAACGGGCUGCCAGCGGUGAGGCUGCAGAGCAGGCCGCUCGUCCAGCAUGCAACCACCACCAAGAAAAGGAAAUUACACAAAAUUUCUUAAAAAUGUACACGCAGAACAAGCGGCAAAGUUACAAGCGAAAAAUCAACAUGAAUGCGACCUUCUAGAAGAUAUACGCAACUUUACAAUAAAGAAGUCUGCAAUUGAAAAAUCAUAUUCAGAGGCACUUCUUAAAAUAUCUUCUGCAUAUUUGAAUAAAAAAAUACCAAAUAUUCCGGAUCUCAAAGUUGAUGGAGCAGAAGAGAAAUGGAACAUGUGGAAUGUUUGGCGAACUGUCCUAGAAGAAAAUGAGAAAUUGGCUAGAGCGCGAUUAGCAGCAGUAGAAGUUUUCCAACAACAAAUUGCUGACGAUGCAAAAAGUUUAAAGUUGCACAAACUACAAAUUUCUAAGAAGGCAAUCGACCAAUUAAUGAUAGUACAAAAAGAAUUACAAAUCUGUGUACAAGAUGUAGACAAAACAAAGAAAUUGUAUUUCGAUGAAGAACAUAGCGCCCACGAUGUACGCGACAAAGCGAAAGAUAUUGAAGAAAAAUUAAAGAAAAAAAAGGGAUCUUUUUUCCAAUCGAUAACAUCAUUGCAGAAAAAUAGUGCAAAGGUAAGCUCGAAACGCGAUGCUUUAGAAGAAAAAUCAACAGGAGCGCGAAAUGAUUAUUUGCUUAGUCUUGCCGCUGCCAAUGCACAUCAAAAUAGGUAUUUUGUAGUUGAUCUACAAAAUACUAUGCAAUAUUUAGAACAAGGUGUUUAUGAUAAAGUUGCAGAAUAUUUAACGCUAAUGGGUCGUACAGAACUUUUAACCUGUCUAGCUACACAAAAUAGUUUUGGUAAAAUUCGUGACCAAGCACAACAACUCACAAGAGAGUACAAUAUACAGUGUUGCUGCUUGUAUUAUCCUGUUUUAAAACAACAUAUACAAUACGAUUUUGAACCAUGUGACAACGAUCCAAUAGAGAGGAUAACAGCUGAUCAUUCUGCUGCAGCCACACUUGGAAAAGAAGCUCGUCGCUGGUCGACGAGAAUAGCUCGUGAAAUAAAUAGCAUCCGAGAAAAUAAUAGGAAAUUACAAGUUCUAUUACAAUUAAAAGAAUCUGGACAAAAGACUGAUCCGAAUGAUCCACAAGGCCCAGAUGUAGAUACAAAAAUCGAUGAACUGAAGCAUAUUAUACGACGUGCAGAGACGGCAAAACUGAAGGCAGAAGCGAGAAUAGAAUGUCUUCGAAACGGUGGAGUAAACGUUGAUGAAUGGCUACAAGAGGCAGAAACUCUAAGUGUUCAAGAUAUGCCACGUUCAGCUAGUUCUCUUUCUGUUAGAACUGAUGCCUCGGGAACGGCGGAACAUCCGUCCUCAGAUUCAUUUUAUGAUAGUGAUGGAGACGGAGGAAGUGAUUUGACAACUGUUGAACGACCAGGCAGUGCACGAAACGUUCCUCAACAAGAAGAAGAAACGACAGAGGAGAGGCAAAGACAUGAUAGCGAAGAAGUUGAUGCUUUGCUUGAACAAGAGAAACAACGAAUAGAACAACUUACAGUGGGUUGGGAUGAUCCGACGGCUGUAGAUUGGGAUAAUGAAGAAAAAGAAGAACAGAUUGAACUUCGUGAAACAUCUGAAAUUCCUUCCACACAACAAAUAUACAAAUGUACCGCGCUCUAUUCAUAUACGGCACAAAAUCCUGAUGAAUUGUCAAUUGUCGAAAGUGAGCAAUUAGAAGUUGUCGGUGAAGGUGAUGGUGAUGGAUGGCUCCGAGCACGAAAUUAUCGUGGUGAAGAAGGCUUUGUUCCUCAAAAUUAUCUUGAUGUUGAAAGAGACACAACAUCUGGUCUUACUUCUCAAGGACCAGGUUUGGUGCAACAGAUAUCCUUUUCCUCGGUAGAUUACACUAUCGAUGAUCAUGAUGCAGUAGAUCCAGACGCCAAUUUACAAAUGACAACAUCGGAAACUAUCGUACAAAAUCAUAUAGGAGAAAUAGAACAAUAUUGCAUUGCUCUUUACGAUUAUGAUGCUACAUGUGACGAAGAACUUAGUUUUCUCGAAGGUGAUAUUUUGAAAGUCUUAAGAAAAGAACCGCACGAUGUCGAUGAUGGAUGGUGGGAAGGAGAAUUACGUGGACAACGAGGAUUAUUCCCAUCUUUAAUCGUAGAACCUUGUGCUGCAGAUGGUUCACCUUUAACUCCACAGGAGAAUAUAACACCACCAAGCUCUGCACCACCAGUAUUUACACCACCUGAAGUUCCAGAAUUUUUAUUAGAAAAUGAAAUAACACAAAGUAUGAUGAAAGAAUCACAGAACGGAAAAUCUAUUAAUGCAAGCAUUGAACAACAUCGACAAGAAGGAUUCAUGAUAAAUCUUUCAAAGGACCAAAGAAGUCAAUACGGUUCACAGUUUGAAGCUGAUCAAUCUGAAGGGCCUGGUAUAAUAGUUGUAGAAGUAUCGGAUGAAUUAGCAACGAAGGUAGAUGAUGAAAAGACAAAAUAUUUAAAUACUGAUGACCAAUCGAAAGAAGAUUUCGGACUUGGCGUUGCACAAAUUGUAAUUACUGCAGCGACACCAAUGGAAGAAGUUGAACAUCCUUUUCCAGGUUUAGAAGAAGCUAUUGAUGAGACAGUGAAAUCGACAGGAAGUUCUGAUGGUGAUUUACCUUCAAGCACUAAUACUGAUGUGAAUGAAAGUGAUUGCAAAGAGGCCACCGUGAUAAUAGAUGAAAAAGAAGAACAAGAAACUACAGAAACAACCGAAGAUAUUGAAGAGAAAUCAACAGUUGAUGAUUUACCAACAGACUCGGCACCAUUUCCAAUUAGUAGCAGUUCUGGUAGUGAAGCAGAUUCAACAUCUGGGCCAAGUACAGCAGAUAAUUCUCAAUCUAUACCAUCUCGUGGUACCGUAAUCGAGGUACAAGAAACAGAAGAUAUUGAAAUUGUACCAGAAAAGAUGGUAGUGGGAGGAAGGGCAAGUAUUCCAGAUGAAUUACAACCUGACCAAUUAGAGAAGCUACAAAAUUUGAAAGAAUCGAAUGCCUAGGAUUGACUAGACCUCGGAGAUCCUGAUUAUCCUGCCUUAUCAAAUAAACUGGCUCUUCCGAAAAAUCAUCAAAAUAAAUUUCAGCAUUUACUGGAAUUUUGGAAAUCUCCAGAGGUUAUUGGAAAGAAAGACUAAUGAAUAACGGAACAACUAAAUAAUUUUUAUGUUAAUAUUAUGUACACAACUUUUUUGCUAGAUGAUACUCUAGUGAACUAUUUAAAGAAAGAUGUUGCGACUUUUGCAACCUAUUUACAACACAUUAAUGUACAGUUAUAAGGUAAUAAAGAAAAUUGUCAAUACCUAUAAUAGAUGAAAACUUUUCGUUGUUUGUGUACAUUUUAAGAGAAUUAUAAUGAUGUUGCAUGAGAAAA